AUGAAUACAGGAUUUACUUUCCCCCCUCAACAAGUCAACAAAGAUACAGGUGCACAAGAAAGUUUCAGAUUUCCAAAGCCAAGUACUUCCAUUCCUGCAACAACAACUGCUCCAAAUGAUAUCACUCAAGUAAACUCUUCGACAGCAAAUUCUGAGACGAAUUUAACGAAUGGUUUUGAGGAUAGUGCUUAUAACUCCAACAACGGUGGUGGUCACAAUGCGGUUGUAGCUCCUAUAGCGGAAACAGAUGAAUUAGCGCCAGUGAUCGAUAUACCGCCACCGCUAGAGAUUAGCGGGAAAGAAAUACGAUCUUUUACACCUGUACCGGAGUUAGCAGAGAAAUCAGGGGAAGAUUUAUAUGCUAAUAAUGAAACUAAUGUUGAUGAAACUGGAAACUUUCUUAUUAAUUCUGUAACGCCUCCCGAUGGAUUAGGAUCACAGUUAUCACAGAAACCACAGGAGUUACAACAACCGCAGCAACCACAACAGCCGCAGCAACCACAACAACCGCAGCAACCACAACAACUACAACAGCAGAUUCCAACGGAAACACAGAGGAAAUCACAGGUUGAAGACUACGUUUCCAAUCUGAGACAGCAGAUGGCAACGGACUGGAAAAGUCCUUCGGAAUAUGCACUACACAUUCUUUUCACGAAAUUCGUCAGACAUGCUGAAAAUAAAUUAAAUCAAUGUUUACAUCAUCCGUUAACUUCAGAACCGCCGAUUGUAGAUAUCUUAGGUGAAGGUGUUGAUCCUAAUUUUGAUAAAAUAGUUGAAUCCCUAGGUCAUAUCGCUAAGAACAAACCUAAACCAGUAAUAGAUGCUAUGAUGUUUUGGAGAAAGACUAAAUCGGAAAUUGCUUGCGUAGCCGCUGAAGAAGUGGAAAAUCUUUUAAAAGAGUAUGAAAAUGAUCAAGUUAAACAAUAUCCUAUCAAACAUCAGCCUUCAUCAUCAAUUUCGCAACCAAAGACACAUUCUAAAUCCAUGAGUAAUGGUAGUAGGUUUUCACAUAAACGAAACAGUUCUUCAAAAUCUUCGACCGGAAGUAAAGGUGCAAUUGAAGAUAAUAAAAUGCGUAAUCUGGAACUGAGUAUCAUUACUGCUAGGGAUGCUGCAUUUCAAGCAGAUAGAAAAUCUUUGAUUAGUAUUUAUAUCCUUUGCCGAGUACUAAUUGAGAUCGUUAAACAAGCUCCAGAAGGUGCAGAUGAAGACCUUAGCGAUAAACUAGAAGAAAUUGUUUUUACACAAUUAAAGACCACGGAUCCAAUGUCAAUUUCAUCGAGCAUAAUUAAAUCAUCAAAUUGGAAUUCCUUUGCUGAAUUAUUGGGUUGGAUGUCAGAAAGAAAAUUUAUAUCGGUUAGUGAUAGAUUCAUUGCUGAUUUAGAGAAAAUACCAACAUUUGUUACUAGAGAUUUGGAGCCAGGCGUUCAUCUUUUAAUUCUAGGUAUGCGAUAUUUGAGGUUAAAAAACUAUCCACUUGAAAAAUUUGAAGAGACGGCAGAUUUUAUGAAAAGUAUAGCAAAAUUCUUUUAUCAAGCGGAAAAUUUAUCGGUCAGCUUAGCUUACGCAGAAGUAAUUAGUCAAUUACUCUUGCCAUUGGCUGGUUCAAUGACAGCGGAAGUUAAUCAUCCAACAUGGGUCGAAGCAAUGACAGCAUUAUUAUCCACAACAGCUAAAUUGCAAACGGAAAGUAGUAGCAGCAAAUAUUGGGCUAGUAUCUUUCGGUUAAAUGUGUCUAUAUUAUGUGUGGCGCCGGCAGAGCUUUUCUCAGAAUACUGGAUUACUUUAAUUGAGAAAAAUGCUAGAAAGAUAAAAAACAAAAGUUUACCUGCAAGAGUCCUAUUUGUUGUUGGACUAUCAAGAUUAGUUUGGGUCUAUCUGUAUAGAUGCCCGGAAACCCUAAACAAUACUACUAGAACCCUAAGUCGAUUAUUUGCCCUUUUCCUGAGUACGAAGAAGAAAGAAAAUUGGAUCACAACUGAUUUAGAACUAAUAAAUCCUCUAUCGGAUGUCUUAGUUACCGUUGGGUACGCAUAUCCAAACUUUUUGAUGGAAAAUGCUAUUCUGCCGUUGGUUAGAACUUCUUUCAAUGGAUUUUCGCUGGAUGGUAUCAAUUACGAAAGAAUGAUUUUGGUAAUUAACACGUAUAGAGGACUAUUAAUGACGAACAAUAAGCCUGAGUUUCCUGAAAACGAUAGUAGGUAUUACGAAUUGAGCUUAAAUGACAUCUCGAUAAAGCAGAACGAAGCUCUUACGUCAAAUCAUGAAGAAGUUUGCACGUAUUUUUACAAGUUGUUUUUAUUGUUAGAUUCCAAUAUCGGUUCAGAAGUUUGGUCACCAGAGAAUCAGCAUAACAGACCUCCGACCACUCCAUUCGAAAAGUUUUCUCUUUUUUCUAAUGACAAUAACAAUAACAAUAAUAGAAAUCUCAACAUUGCAUUGUUUGCUACAUUAAUCGAAACUAUCCCUAGCUGUUUAAACAUCUCUGGACAAAUCCCAUUUAAAUCUACUAUUGAAAUCAUCUCUAGAAAUGCAGUGCAUGCUGAUCUCUUAAUUGCUAGCAGCUGUCAAAAUGCACUGAAGGCUCUUGCAUCAAAGAAAAAUCCGUACACAUUAAUCACUUGGUUUGCCAAGUAUUCAUUUGACUUCGAUGAAAAGACUCAAUCGAGCUAUAACAUGUCGUACCUUUCCUCCACCGAAUAUCGAAGACUUCUAAUUCUUUACGUCGGAUUACUGGAAUGUUGGUUGGAAGAAUUCCAUUCUUCAAAUCUUGAGGAGAAAAAGCGAGAGACAGGGUUAGAUGGUAUCGAAUUAAUGCCAGUGGACAACAAUUUAGAAGAACUUAAUGAGGUAGAAACUCUAGAAUGGAAGAAUACAGUUACAGUGAUCGAAGAAGUAGAAGGUAACGGUUUAUUCUUCCUCUGCUCACAGGAUGCAGGUAUACGUCAUUUGGGUAUUCAGAUAUUGAGGAUCAUAUCGAAGUUUGAUGAAGCUAUGGUAGAGAAAACAGUCAGACUCUCAAAGUGCCAUUCCCGGUCUUCUUCAUAUUUUGCGGCCCAUCGAGGUACGAGACUGGUCGAUCUUCUCAACGAUACUGAUUUCUAUUCUUUGUUAGACAGUAAGAGGACUCUACUUAGUAUGGUAGAGAAAUCAAGGAUCUCGAAGCUUACUGCCAAAUUCAAAAAAGGUGUUCUCAUAAAAAUUGCAGAAUCUGAAUACGGUGUCGAUGCAGCUCUUUGGCAAAGAAUUUUCCCUAAGCUCCUCUCAGUAGUUUGUGUGGCAUGUCCCAUUACAAUGGCUCUUUGCCGAUCAAUCGUUUGCAUUAGGCUUGUGCAAGUUCAUGGAAUAAUUUUGCAGAUUGCUAAUAACGUCGAAGAUAGACCCAGGGAGAUUUCACCGGAAGUUAUUAUCAACCAGUGGAAAUUAUUCUUGGUGGUCGCUUGUACUUCUUUGACCUCUACCAAUGAUCAGAAAUUGCAUAUUCCCACUUCAGGAUUUCGCCACGGUAGAAAGAAAAGUCAACAAAUCUUUACUGUGCAACAUCAAAAGAUUAAGUCAGCUACAUCUGUCUUUAAAAUGGUGCUCCCACUGCUGAAUGCUGAUUCUACAAUGAUUAGAGAUGCCAUUAUCUCAGGUCUAAGCUCCAUGAAUGUAAACAUUUAUAAGGCCUACAUUGAAAGCAUCGAAGGAUUUUUGUGUACAUGGUCGUUGCAAAGUUCCAAUAACAAGAUAAGAGUAGAAAUGUUUCACGUGUUAACCAUAUUAUCUAGAUUUUUGAAUGAAACCAUGAUUCUAGAGGACAAGGUACUUUUGAAGAAGAUCUCUGAAAUACUCAGACAUGUAAAGAAAUUUUUGGAAGAGGAAUCUGUGCAAUAUUCGUACGAAUUCCAAACAUUACGCAGUUAUUUCGCAGAACUUCUUCGCAAUUACUAUUCGGUGGUACGUUUAGAACCACAGUUUGACCAAUUGUUUCCCUUUCAAGCUCGUGCUUCCUGUUUUAAGUACCUAAAAGAAUGGUGCGGAUAUGGUGAACUUGCUUUUAUUGCAGAGGAAAGGUACAAUACGAUGAUUCGCAACACUGAUAAUAGCAGAGAUCGUACAGCGAUUACGGCAGGUAUUGAAUUUCAAAGAAGUAGACUGGAAAAGGUUGCACUCGAGACGAUGGUUGUGUUAUGCUCUGACACCAUCACCAAGACUAUACAGGAUGUUCCGGAAAUGCCAAUCGUCAUUUCGUUUGACAUCGCUGGACUUCUUUCUUGGAUUGAAUCACUUUUUAACGCCGAAGAUGAGUCUUUCAAGAAUAUGGGUGUUUCGGCUCUAGAGAACCUUUUGGAAAUGAACACUAGUAAUCAUCAAUUAUUCAAGGAGGUGGCCUUUCAAUGUGCUGCCCACCACAAGAGCCCCCAUGUUUCUGUUUUGUAUUACAUCACGUUAUGCAAGACCGUUCUGAAGAUGGACAACUUGGUUUUAGAAGAGGAUGAGCUAGUAUCCUUGGGCUUAUUUGGAGUUGUCUCAGACAGAGAAGAUGCCCGUAGCUACGCAGUUGACUUGCUUUCUGCUGUGGAAGCGAAACUCCAUAAUUCGUUCUAUACCAAAGUGUUCAAAGAGCGUCUGGCAAGUUCAUCUAAAACAGUAUACAAGUCUACCGCCAAGGAAGUUUCAAGUAUAUUUGCAGAGCUUCUGUCCCAAGAACUUUGUCUCAAAAUAUUUUCAGCUCUAGUAGGAACGAUGGAUUCUUUUUCUUUUGAAACCAAGAGGGAUAUAUUGAUUCUUUUAACACCAUGGGUCAAUAAAUUUACACUAAAAUCCAUCGAAGAACUAGACACCUUUAUGAUAUUGAACAAUCUUUUUUACAUCACUAUUGACCUUAACAACACAUUACCAAUUGAAGUAGAGCAACUCUGGAUAUCGCUAGGUAAGGGAAAUGGAUUUCAAAACAUCCAUGUUUCGUUGGAAUUUAUCAUGACCGUCUCGAUAAACCACCGUAAUCCAAAUUUUGUGCAGCAUGCCAGGGAUGUUGUGCUAUAUUUGGGGAACGUUCCGGGUGGUAUUGGGCUUGUGGAUAAUUUAACCAGCAACCUGGAGCCCAAAUCUAUGAUUCCUUUGACCAAAAGUGAAGUGAAGGGGCCUACAGAAAACGACAAGGGUUAUUUUAUUGCGAACGUUUGGGAUCGUCUAAAUUAUCAUGGUAAGAGCAUCACCUUCUCCAAAGCCCACCUGUCUAUCAUCUUUCUGGUGAACCUAUUGACUGACCCCAGUGAGGCCUUAAAGGGUAAUAUUGCCAACCUUUUACAUGUAUCAGUCUGUCUACUUGACCACUAUGUCCCACUUAUUCAAGAAAGUGCAUCCAAAAUCGUCUGCGACCUCAUUUUUGGAUUGGCGCCUACCCACGAGAAAUCGGAAGAUACGGUGGAACUUCUCAGAAGCAAACAAAAAAUUUGGUCUUAUGACAAUUUCAUGAAGGAUAAAAAUUCGGCAAGGUCACCAAAGGCGAUGGAUCUUUUAAUAAGAAACCUGCUAUCAAUAUUUCCUGAUAUAGGAACCCUCCAGGUCGAUUGGCAAAAGAUUGCUCUUAAAUGGGCCACUACAUGCUCCGUCAGACACAUUACAUGUCGUUCCUUCCAGGUGUUCCGUUCAUUGCUAAUUUUCCUAGACCAAGGCAUGUUAAGAGAUAUGCUCCAUCGUUUAUCCAAUACUGUAGCCGAUGUAAAUCCAGAUAUUCAAGGAUUUGCGAUGCAAAUAUUGAUGACAUUGAAUGCGAUUACCGCAGAGUUGGACCCUGCCGACCUGAUUAACUUCCCACAGCUGUUUUGGUCUAUUACUGCAUGUCUGAAUAGUAUUCACGAGCAAGAGUUCAUCGAAGUUUUAUCCUGUUUUAUGAAAUUCAUCUCAAAGAUCGAUUUGAAUUCGCCAGACACCGUUAGAUGUCUAAUCGCAACUUUCCCCUCCAAUUGGGAAGGUCGUUUUGACGGAUUACAACAAAUUGUCAUGACAGGCCUGAGAUCAGCAAAUUCUUCUGAUAUAACAUGGAAGGUUUUGGACAAAUUGAACUUGCUCGAAGACAGUCGUAUUAUUGCAAACUCAGAAUCUCGUCUUUUAUUUGCUUUAAUUUCAAAUUUGCCUCGCUUUUUACAAGCCAUGGAUCGAAAGGACUAUAGCAAUAUCCAGACUGCUGUGGAUGCCAUGGUUAGUCUAUCAAACGCCAACAACCAACCCUCAAUUUCUAGAUUGUUAGACUCCUUAGCCAAAAAUAAGUUCCGUUCCAAAAAGGACUUUCUCAGCCAAGUGAUCAGUUUUAUUUCCAGAAACUAUUUCCCCAAGUACUCCGCACAGACUAUUGUGUUUUUAUCAGGUCUUCUGCUAAACAAAACCGACUGGGUUAAGUUACAGUCAAUGGAAAUUCUCAAAUACAUUUUCCCACUAGUCGACCUGAGGAAACCGGAAUUUGCCGGCGUUGGUGCUGAUUUGAUAUCACCGCUUCUGAGACUUCUUUUGACAGACUACGAAGCUCGUGCUCUAGAGGUUCUCGAUUGUGUGCCACAAGUCUCAGGAAGCAAAAUGGACAAAGACGUUUUAAGAGUUAGUAUGGGAAACAACGAUGUGAAAAGCAGUAACCGUGUUACUGCUACCUUGUUCGGGAUUCCGGAUGAAAGUGGAUGGUCAGUGCCCAUGCCCACUAUGACAGCUGCCACAACAAGACACAAUGUUCACGCUGUAUUCAUGACCUGUACUGCCAACACUACCGGUGAAGAUCCUGCACAAGAAAUGCCAUACAUGGAGGAUAUCGUAGACUUCCAUGCAGACGCUGACUACGCUUUAGGUCGUUCAGAGACCAAUGAUUCAUUGUCGAUGAUUGAAGAAAAGGAGGCUUCCUUGAGUCACAUGUGGGCCGAGCUGGACAACUUGGACAGUUUCUUUACCAGAAACAAUACUGCUUCAGCAGCUGCUGCCGCAGCAGCUGCGGCUGCGGCAGCUGCAGGAGGAAAAUCAAAGUCCGCACCGCCAAAUGACAUCGGAUCUCUGCAUGAUCGUUCCAACUCUGUAGAAACUGCACAGACAGAACAGACUCUCCAAUUAGAAUCCGCGCCUCAACUGUAUGACAAGAAAGUUUCUGCCAUUUUAAACCAUAGCUUGACAAAAGUUCCCUCUAACAUAUCCUUCAAGACCUCUUUAGCUGAUUCCUUUGCAGCCAACACUGGUAGUCAAGGUUUGAUUAACGAAUUAGGACAUCGCGGGAAUCAACCGAUUUACAGUGAAGACGGAAGCGGUACUGCAAGUGGUAACGUUAGUGCAGUCUGUAGCGCUAAUGGUAAUGUAGGCGGCAAUGGUAGCGGACUAACACGUUCUAGAAACUCUGGUAACUUCAAAUCUCCAACCAAUUCGCUUUCCCUUUCGGGUAAAGCCCGUAGUACAGAAUCCCCGCAGGACAGUUUAUUCCGAUUUGAAGGAUUCCUAAGAAGUUCACAGAGGGGAAGCCGUCGUAAAUGGCAACAACACCAACAACACCAGCAACUACUCUCACAGACAAUUCACGAGCAAGUGAUUCCAUCAUCUUCAUCCUACUACGAUGCCGAAUCAACGUCUCCUAAACCACCCUUAAGGGCAUCAUCCGUAUCACCUAAUGCCGGAAAUAGAGGCAAAUCACAGAAGUCCCAGAAACAUUACCAUUUACCUCAUUUUUCUUCGAAUAAGGCACAAUCUUGGGCAAAUCAUCCUAGUGAAACUGAAUGA